UUACUUGACACUUCAAGUUUUUCUUGAUUCACCUAAAUUAAGGACCUAUAGAUUUUUGAACUUAUGCUUAUGUCAUCGUUACUCGACAUAAGUUUUUCUUGAUUCCUUGCUCAUGGGCACAUAAACUUAUGGAUUCUUUUGUUACUUUCCGGGUUGUGACCAUGGAUGUCACUUUUUUCCCUUUAUAAGACGUUUGCUACAGUAAAACGGAGCCAAUAGAUACGUAGUUUUGCUCCUCUAGCAUAAAUGUAAUGCUAGAAAUUCUUGUUUAGUUGUGGCUUUUGUUUAGUUCACCUUUUUUCCCUGACCAACUCUUGUUUAGUUGUGGCUUUUGUUUUGAUCUUUUACAUUGUCCGAGGACUCCUUGUCCCGUCUCCUUUUCUAGCUUUUGCUUAAUAAAAUUCUUCGUCACUUUUCAAAAAAAAAAAAGAAAAAGAAGGAAGAAAAAUGCAAGAAAUUCCGUUUCAUUCUUAUUUACUUCUUCAUCCAUUUUUUUUUGUGAAAGAUGACACAUUUUUCAUACUGAAGGAAAGUUUAGGACAUGAGCCUUCUGAGGAGCAACUUGCAACUUCCCUGAAGAUUUCUUGUGCUGAGUUACAAUUGAAACUCAUAGAGUGCGCUUUGGCAAGAGAAAAGCUAGCAAUGAGUAAUGUCCGUCUGGUCAUGUCUAUUGCACGAAGAUAUGACAACAUGGGUGCUGAAAUGGCUGACCUUAUUCAGAGCUGUGGAUUCCUCAUAUACGUGAAAUUGCCCUUACACCUCAUGUAGGGUGGCCUGAUUGGACUGCUCUGGGGAAUUGAGAAAUUUGAUUCUAGAAGCAAUGAAACGGGUAAUGCUUGGGACUUUGUGGUCUGGUUUGACCAAUUGAUAUUUUUUAUAAUUCCAAAAUCUUAUGCAGAAAUAAUAAUUUUUCUGUCCCUGUAUAUGUGCGGAAUGUAUGGUAUGAAUUGGCUCAAAAUGCAAAGUUUAGUUUGCUUAUUCCUCCAUGGCUUCUGGUUAGUUCAAGUGUUCUUUGCAUAGUUUUUGUAGUACUUGGACUCUAGGUAUUAAACACACUGUUAUGCACAUUCCCAUAGCGUUAGUAUUCUUUUUCAUAUAUGAAUUGUAGAGACUGUUGGUCACUGCUGCAUCAACAAAUUUUUGGGAUGAUGCUCUUCAAUCUUUUUGUUCUUUUAGCAUUCUAAAUUAUACAUUCUGUUAUUAAGCUUAUAUUAACUAUCUUAUGCAUUUGAUAUG